AUCUGAAAAUCUCAAACAACAUUUCUCAUUUUUUUUUCUCCGAAACGUAUCGUCAAAUCUUUUUUUAAAUAAUAUAUAUAUUUUUUUAAUUUUAGAUUUAACUUUGUUGUAGCACGAACUUUUUUUUAAUUAUUACACCAAAAUAUUUUGAUCGACGUUAGCAUAUCGGUAAGAUAUAAAAAUGGAACAAUCGGAAAAUAUUUUGCCAUACGAAAUUAAGGUGGUUGGUGAAGAUAAAAAAUGUUUAAAAUCAACUUUAAAAAACUCAACAGAUUCAACAACUUUUGAAAAGCUUAAUUCAUCAUUAUUGCCAAAAAUAUACACCUUAACCUUAGCCGAAUCUAAAAGGUCGAUGGCAGAAUCGUCCAUUUUAGAUGGACCUGAUAUAAAUAAUAAUAAAAUGGUUGAGCAGGUCGAUACUUUAAUGGAGAACGUCGAAACACGAUUAUUAAACCAAUCUGUAUCAAAUGACACAGUUAUACAUGAACAAACAAGCCUAGAGAAAUUUCAACCUCAGAAUGCUAAUUAUGUACAACUUAAAAAUGAUAUUCAAGAUCUGGAACGACAACCUCCGAUGGUUGAAAUGUUAGUAGGGCAAACUGAUGUGUCAACAUUAACAGAUACGUCUAUUCAAGUAAUGCAACAUGAUACAAGAGAUUUUGAAACUGGAAUUGAAUAUGAAAAGAUUCCUCCAAUUCGAUUUCUUUCAACCGAAACUCUUAUAAAGAUUUUCAAGUUUCUUUGUUAUGAAGAUUUGUCUAGUUGUAUUCUCGUAAAUAAAUCAUGGUGGUAUGCUGCUAUUCACGUUCUUUGGUCAGAACCGUUUGAAUUCAUAUUUGAAGGAGAUUUUAAAUCAGAGACAAAACAGGAAAAGAUCUUUUCUUUAAUGCGGGUCUAUGUUAGCUGUUUUAAGGAUGAUGUAAAGAAUAAAUUGUUAGAAUCUGGAAUUUCACUUCCAAGUGAAUAUUUUUUAAGACCGGCUUACAAUUAUGCAUCAUUUUUACAAAAUCUGGAUGUUGGAUUUUUAUAUUCUGCUUGUCGUGAAUGGAGACAAUGGCUUUGUCGACAAGAAGGACAAAGUUUCACUCAAAUUAUGAGUGAUACUGUAAAAUACCAACAAUUUUUGGUAUACAGAGAAAUAUUCAAAAUGUUUGUAAGAACAUCACGAGCUAUUAAAAAAUUUUAUUUGGAUGAAUUGGAAUAUUCUGGUUUCCAAUGUUUUGACCUUCUUUCUAUGGAUUCCGAAUUACAAUAUUUGACCUCUCUUCCAGGUGCUACCAAUUGCUUUCCAGAAUUAACAUAUUUUAGCUGUGAUGGAUGCGUGCCACGUGAACUUGUCAGAUGUUUGUCCGAAAUAUGCCACAAUAUUGAACAUCUGAGUUUUCAUGGGUGUGUUAAUAUGGGAGGACUUUCUGGCAUUUUCCCUUUAAUUUUAUCCCAAAAAAAAUUGCGACAUUUAACUCUCAUAGGCAAUAUGGGUUAUUGCAAAACUCCCGAGUUAACUAUCGUAUCAGAGGCUAUUAAAAAUAUUGAGCAUUUAACAUUGGUCGGAACGGUUCACUUGGAGAUGGGACUCUUUACUAAUUGUCACAAUAUAAAAUAUUUGGAAUUAUAUGACGAAAACAUGGAUUCAAAUACUUGCAGGGUUCUUAACUUUAUUGAUGCAUCAUCAGUAAAGAUCGAACGAAUAACUUUGCGAAUUUUCUAUAUAGAUCAGUUCGUCAAUAAAUUAGUAGAGAUUAUCAAAAAUUCAAAUACGAGUCUACAAAUGGUUGAUAUUGAAUGGCGCAUUCAAAGCAACGAAUGUAUUAGCGGUACUAAUCGUAUACUGCGCAAUAUAGCAUUAUGUUGCCCAAAUCUUCUUAUACUUAAGGUUCCAAUUUUGUUAUAUUAUAACCAAGAAGCCUUUGAUUUAUUUACAAAAGUUUUACACGCAUGUCAAGAAUUAAUUUAUUUGGGAAUUACUGGACCUUCAAUUUUCAGAUAUCAAAACUACUUGCUCGAAUUUGGUUCUGAUUUGCCACCUAAAUUAGAAUUCCUUUAUUACGAUACAAUUCCUAAAUAUUGUGAAGAGAGUGUACUUUGUGAAUUUUUCAGUAAUAUAGUAAAAAAUCUUGGUAAAGCUAUUUCUAUCGAAUGGAAUCCAUUUAAUCAAGAAUAUCACAAUAGAAUAAUUAAAGAAUACGCCGAUAGUGGAAAUGUCAUUUUAAAGAAAUUGAAUGAAGAAAGUGUAUUCUCAUAUGUUGGAUUUGAACAGUUUUAUUACAGAAAGAGUUUACGCGGAAAAUUCAAUUUACAUCCAACGAAAUUAGAUAAUUAAAUGGUUCGAUACAUAGAAAGAAAUUGUCAU